AUGGUAGGGCCGCGCGAGCUGCCCACGGGCAACGAGUCCGGCUACGCUGAACUCGUGGCCAUCACCAACAUGGAGGGGAAACUGAGGAUCCAGCCUCCCUCACUACGGGAUCACAGGCGAAAUCGCACCAUGGCUCCAGGCGCUCUUCUUGACCGGACUUUGUAUAUCGCUGAAAAAGUGGGCGGUGGUGCUGGUAGCGAAAUCUUCCGCGGGUCGAGUCACGACGAGUGCACGGCCUGGGCCCGGCUCGCGUUCAACAUCAGCUUCCUCCGCGGACAGCCUUGCUUUCAAACCGGAGCAGCAGAUCGCCUCUCGGUCACGCCCUGGCCGAGAGAACUCGGAACAGCGAAACAGACGGAACGCAAGGCGCGGGAGCUGCUGGAGAGGCUGAGUGGACAGGAUAUGCGGCUCUCAGAAGAAGUCGAUCAUUGGUCCGAGGUCAUGGCUGAUCUACCGCGCGACGGACGUGAGGAGCAGCUGACAAUACUGGUGAUGAGUGAGGUGGCCUACAUGUCGGGGUCGUUUGGCAUCAUGCUUGACGGCGCACCCAGGAGCAUCAUGGAGUGCGAGCAGCUCAUCGAUAGACUGGGGUUCAUGCGGCGCGCAGGCGGACGGCGCCGCUGA